AUGACCCUAAAUUGCCUUACCUGCCGGUUCAUCAUGGACGGCAACAUGUCGGACUCUGAGAAUGAAUAUUGCCGAGGAGAAUGUUGCGGGAAAUUGUGUUGUGCUAAGGUUAGGAGGCGCUGUCAAUGGAACGUGUUGACGUACAAGCAAAUGAGAAUUGGGUCUUUAAACAAUGCAGAGAAGCUGAUCAAGAAGAGUUAUCGUCGGAAUUUUAGUACCGGAGCUGUUGCAUUCGGCGGCGGCGGCAGCACGGAGCCGAGGUUGUUGAGGAGCUGUGCAAUGAGAAGGGAUUGGAGCUUUGAGGACAUGAGAGGGGGAUGA